AUGGUACGUCGAUAUCCACGACUGGACGAGUCGGUGUUGAGAAGGACAUCGCCUUCCCACCCAGCAAAACGCACGUAUUGGGCCAGCCAAGGCCACCUCACGUGUGAAACGUGUGGUUUGGAAGCGGCUGGGCUGAUGCACGGAUUUCAAUGUGUGGUGAUUCGAGGCAUUGCGGACUAUGCCGACUCCCACAAGAACGACGAUUGGCACGCCUACGCGGCAGCGGUGGCUGCUGGCUGUGCGAAAGAGCUUUUGACGUAUAUGACGCCUAUUGUGGGGAUCCGGGGCAAAUACGAUUCGAGCUUUCGAUUAGAAGAAACAAUAUGCCGGACCCUGAUGACGGACUUAGGAGCCCAGCACCCGGACACACUCAGGAGCAUGAGCCACCUGGCCAUGUCGCUUAGCUAUCAAGGCAAGUACUUGGAAGCGGAGACGAUAUAUCGAGAAGCUAUACGGAUACAUCGGACAAUGUUGAGAGCGGAGCACCCGAACACACUGAAACUUAUGAAUAACUUAGCUGCACUACUAUAUAGGCAAGGCAAGUACGAGGCAGCGGAGACGAGGAUUCGAGAAGUGAUGGGGAUACAACAGACAGUGUCAGGAGCAGAGGACGAGGCGACACUGACGGGUAUGAACAACCAAGCCAUUGUGCUGAGUGAUCAACAACAGUACGAGGCCGCGGAACCGCUCCAAGAAGCAUGUUGCACGAGCUCUCUGCGUGUCUUGGGCAUCCAACAUCCAAGUACGGUGAGAAGGUUGGAAAACCUUGCAUUUUUGUGGUUGUCGCAAGGACGUGGGGACGCUGAAAUUCUGUAA